AUGACGGCACCCAACCUCUCCUACAGCCUGGAAUACUGGCAACAGGUUCACCCCAAGAGCCAGAAAACCUCAAGUAUGGCCAACAAUGUUCAAGGAUAUGAGAAGGCGGAGCAGGACCCCAGAGCCCAUGGCUUUCCCAUUGUGCUUCAAGGCGAGCCUGAUCCAUGGGCUUUGGAAAAUUACGACUGGAGUGGUGACAUGGCUUUGAAGCCUUCCAGCGAUUUUGUCCAAUCCUGGCAGCUCUAUGAUGGGCCCUAUGCCGCAACCCUUGACGAAGAAAGGAACUUGGACAUGGCAGGCUCCUGGAUGCCUGACUACCAAAUACCCAUCAGCCCCUUUCCAAAUUCAGAUCAAGUAGAAAGGCAGAACACGCUGUCGCGCGUGGCAGCCGAAAGGGCCCUCUUCAUGACUCCCUCUGUGCAUGCUUUAUCGGUGUCCACUUUUCCAGAUUCACCUAUAUCCGAUCACUCCAGCACACCCGAGAACAUCCAGGCUCCCUACAGCCGAUAUGAAGACAGAGGCGCAUCGCCGUUAUCGGAUGCUAUGUCUGAGAGCAGCUCAGCUAUUCAUGGUCCGCUGGCAACAGGCUGGCUUCCGGACUGUACCGCUUGGAAGACAGAUGAUGAGGUCUGCCCCACGAUGCUGGAAAUGCCCGAUGGCUCAUCUCGCAAGACCUCCAACUGGCUUCCUGUCGACCCCGAGGCCGGCUUUACAAUUGGAUCGUGUUCAUUCCCUGAUGGUCCAGAUUUCCAUUUAGAGGGCCUUCAUGAUGUCCGGGAAGCAUUUAUCCCAUCAGGCUCCUCUCAGUGGACAUACACUGGGUGA